UUUCUUACAAGUGUGCAUUCACUUGUGGUACCGGUCUAUCCAAAGCAGUAAUCGUCCAUUUUUUUCUUGCUCGUUUUUGUCGACGACUCCUGCUCCUUGCCUGCUUCUAUCCUUACAGAUACCUCGUCGCGGCUCGAUGACCUCCUUUGGGCCUUACUGUGUGAACACCGAUGCCAUCCUUUCACAGCCUAGUGUUGGCGCUGUUACUGCUGGAGGCGCCACGCGUUGUCUUUGUGCCCAUCCUGCGCCAGCAUCCCAACCGCCCAUAACAGCCUACGCGUCACGCUACUUUCUGCAGAGCGACCGGGACCGAAGUAUUUAUCACAACCAUAAGCACGGCCAUCAGUGUCUCUGUUACCAUUCCGUCUACAACCGGAACAGACGACAGGGCGCCAUACACGAAAACUGCUGUGAGUCAGGGGAAGUUCGUGCGCGAGCGAUUCGCUUCAGAGGGACAACGGACACCAGUGGAGGUAGUCCUGUUCAUGACCGAACCAACUCCAGAGAUCCGCGCAGCUGUCCUUUGCACCAUCGGGAACGUUCCGCUUCUCGAGAGAGAGCCAUGCCCGCAGACAAUGACAGUUAGCCCCACCAAUCGGCCGUUCCGGGCAACUACUACCUAAAUGAUGCAGCGAACAGGAACCAACAGGACGAUAACAGCAUCAGUGACCACCUCUACGCUGACGAUGACGACGAUAGCAACAACAAAAACGGAAACAUCAGCAGUAACAACAAUGGAGAAAUCCACAUCUCCCAGUUCCUGGACGGACAAAAAAUUCAAGCUUUUGCCAGCACAUACAAACUGAAUGCUACUGGCCAAAUCGAACUUGAAUUCGGCGAAAGUACACACCU